GUCAGUUUCUACAGCUUGCUUGCUGCCACCAGACAACACCAAAGCGCGCACACACACACCAUACCCUUCCAAAGCACAACAAUGGGCUGGUUCUCCUCCGACUCACGCGGCGAGGCCAUCCGCGCCGGCACCGCCAUCCCCACUCGCUCCGAGCGCCAGGUCUGCUGGGCCGCGCGCGACAACUACUUUGCCUGCCUGGACGCGCACAAGAUCGACGACCCUCUCAAGGACCCCGCGACGACGGACAAGAAGCUCUGCAAGGCGGAGAGCACACAGCUCGACCAGGACUGCGCAAAGGAGUGGGUCAAGUACUUUAAGCAGUGGCGCGUGGCCGACCUGCAGAAGCGGCGACGGCUGGAGGAACUGAGACGGCAGGGCGCGCAGGAGAUGACGGUCACGUCGACGUUUGCGCCCGAGGGUGGCGUCGCGGAGAAGGGCAAGGGCAAGGACGACAUUCAGGAUCUCUUGGAGAAGAGGCAGCGAUAAAAUCCUGUGGGGAGGAAAGGGAGAGGACACCACAAUCGUGUACCAUAUACCAUAUGUACAUCACUGUAACA